AUGUCUGAACUCGAAAAUGGUGUCAAGUCGUUGAAUCUGAACAACGACACCCCCGCUGCUCCCCGAAGCAAGUACGUGCCCCCCCACCGGGCCAAGGCUGCCGCCACCGGUAACGGAACCUCCAACUCCGCCCCCUCCAACGACCGACGAGAGGCUGGCCGAAACCUGUACUCCCAGUACUCCAACUCCUUCCAGAACAACUCCCGAGGCUCCUACGGGGGAGGCUACGGAGGUGGUCGAGGCGGUCGAGGCGGUCGAUCUUGGGGCAACGACGGUGGCUACCGAGGUGGCUUCCGAGACCCCUCCCAGGGCUCUUUCGUGGAUGGUAAGCAUGUCCCCGGCCCCCGGAACGAGCGAACCGAGGUUGAAAUCUUCGGCGUUGCUAACGACGAGCGAUUCCAGUCCACCGGUAUCAACUUUGAUAACUACGACGAGAUUCCCGUCGAGGCCACCGGUAACGACGUGCCCGAGCCCAUCAACGCUUUCACCUCUCCUCCCCUCGAGGAGCACCUGCUGACUAACAUCAAGCUUGCUCGAUACAACAAGCCCACCCCCGUCCAGAAGUACUCUGUCCCCAUUGUUGCUGCUGGCCGAGACCUGAUGGCCUGUGCCCAGACCGGUUCUGGUAAGACCGGAGGAUUCCUCUUCCCCGUUCUGUCCCAGUCCUUCUUCCACGGUCCCUCCCCCACCCCACAGCCCACUGGCCCUCGACACAUGCACAAGAAGGCCUACCCCACUGCCCUUGUGCUUGCUCCCACCCGAGAGCUUGUGUCGCAGAUCUACGACGAGGCCAAGAAGUUCGCCUACCGAUCCUGGGUCCGACCUUGCGUCGUCUACGGUGGUGCCGACAUUGGCGAGCAGAUGCGAAACAUUGAGCGAGGCUGCGACCUCCUUGUUGCUGCUCCCGGUCGACUCGUCGAUCUGAUCGACCGAGGCAAGGUCUCUCUGGAGAACAUCAAGUACCUUGUCCUUGAUGAGGCCGACCGAAUGCUCGAUAUGGGUUUCGAGCCCCAAAUCCGAGCCAUCGUCCAGGGCUCCGGCAUGCCCGACGUUAACGAGCGACAGACCCUCAUGUUCUCCGCCACCUUUCCCCGGAACAUCCAGAUGCUGGCCCGGGACUUCCUCAAGGACUACAUCUUCCUGUCUGUCGGCCGUGUCGGUUCCACCUCUGAGAACAUCACCCAGAAGGUCGAGUAUGUUGAGGAUGGAGACAAGAUCUCUGCUCUGCUCGACAUUCUCUCUGCCGCUGGCAAGGGCCUGACCCUGGUCUUCGUCGAGACCAAGCGAGGUGCCGAUUACCUCUGUGAUGUUCUGCAGAGCGAGGACUUCCCCGCCACCUCCAUUCACGGAGACCGAUCUCAGCGAGACCGAGAGCGAGCUUUGGAAAUGUUCCGAGACGGAACUACCCCUAUUCUGGUCGCCACUGCCGUCGCUGCUCGAGGCCUGGAUAUCCCCAACGUUACCCACGUUGUUAACUACGAUCUCCCCACCGACAUUGACGAUUACGUCCACCGAAUCGGUCGAACUGGCCGAGCCGGAAACACCGGUAUUGCCACCGCCUUCUUCAACCGAGGCAACAAGGGUAUCGUGCGAGAGCUCAUCGAUAUCCUCAAGGAGGCCCACCAGGACGUUCCUCAGUUCCUCGAGUCCACUGCCCGAGAGGCCUCUUACGGAGGCCGAGGCGGAGGCCGUGGCCGAGGUGGCUUCGGUGGAGGCCGAUCUCGAGCUACCCAGGAUUUCCGAAAGCAGGGUGGCGGCUUUGGCUCCAACGACCGAUUCGGAGGCUCCUCCGGCGGCUCUUCUUACGGUGGCGGUUCCUCUUACGGUAACCAGGGUGGUAACAACAACUGGUGGUAA